AUGAUAGCUGACUCGGCGUGCUCCAAGAGCCACCGGACGGUGUCGCUGUUGGACUUGUGGUCGAUCUCUUGGGUCAGUUGGAAGAUCUGGGCGGCGCAGGCGGGCAUUCGGAUCUUGCAGCCCGGACAACUCUUCUCCACCAUGGUGGUUUGCAAGCCGGCGCACCUCUUCCUGGAUGAGCUCGAUGUGGCGUAUGACGAGCAAGAGGACUACAUUGUGAUAAAGCACACGGCUUUGUUCACGUCCACCAUCAUGAGCAAGAUUCUAGCGAGGCCCAACGUGAAGCUCUUCAACGCGGUGGUGGCGAAGGACUUGAUCAUGAAGGAAGGGAGGGUUGUGACCAACUUGGCUCUGGUUUCGAUGAACCAUGACACGCAGUCUUGCAUGGACCCCAACGUGAUGGAGGCUAAGGUUGUUGUGAGCUCUUGUGGGCACGAUGGACCUUUAAGCGCCACUGGGGUUAAGAGGUUGAAGAGUAUUGGCAUGAUUGAUAACGUUCCUGGAAUGAAGGCUUUGGAUGCCAAGAGUAUUGGCAUGGUUGUUGUGAGGCUCACUAGGGAGAUUGUGCUCGGCAUGAUUGUCACUGGCAUGGAGGUUGCAGAAAUUGGUGGCUCCCCAAGGAUGGGUCCCUACUUAAGUAUGAUGUUUAAACUUACUUUCAAAUUGAUGGAACGUGUGGAGUUGAAGGCGUUGGGGAGGAACAAUGCAAUUGAUGGAACAUGUGGAGUUGGAACGGAAGAACCCCAUCUUAUUUUCGCUUCUACAGUUGAGUUCCAUGAUGGACUUGAGAGCAUGAUGUUGGAUCAACUGCUUAAGUGGAUUAUUCUUGUUGGUCCUCCUAAACAUUCCACAUGCUCUGUAGCUUUAGCACCCACCUGGGUUAACUGUGAAUUAGCCCUUUGA